UUCCCACUCCAUGGUCUGCGUAAACAGGGUUUUGGAGGACAUGGCCAGCUUAGCCAGGUCUUCAAAGUCCACGGGCUCUAGGAUUCUUGGAGACCCAUUUGAGGUAGCUCGAAGGAAGGGUCCCAACUACCUACUUCCUAGCAUUCUUCCUUUGUAUUUUACUAUUUCUUUCCAAUGUCUAUGUCUUUGUCUCUAGCUGCUUUGGGAUUGUUGCUGUUACUGAGACCGGUGGUUUGGAAGAAGAAGAAAAAGAAAAAAGAAGGGGUUUUGGGUUUGAAAGAGCACUUGGUGAGUGAAAAUGGUGAGGAAUGGAAGAGAACAGACAUGGAUGUGGAAGGAUGAAGAAGAUAGAGAAGAAGAAGAAGAAGAAGAAGCAAGGAUUUCCGGAAUGAAGUUCAAGGCUGAAAUGUAUCCUCGUUUCCAAGGCAGAACUCUCAGACGUCUAAGACAUUUCUGGCAAGUGCUACUUAGUUACCUUGCUCUGUAUGUGUGUGUGUCUCUCUCUAUCUCAGUACUUCUUUAUGAUGGUCAAUUUGAAGAAUUAUCAGCCAGGGUUUUGAUGCUGAGAUCUGCAUUAAACUCAGAUUAUCAUCUUACUUUGCCUAUAUUUGUUCAUCCAAUGCCAUAAUAUUGAGGUGAGUCUUCUUGCUACUUUGAAUGCAUACCAUGUAGUGUAUUACAUUGUAGCUUUGAUGGAAGAAUGCAUACCAGACUUUGAAAGGCAUGGCGUUUAUACAUAUAUUUAAGCAUGGUAUUUUGGAUGCCUUUAUACUUUCCGUAUUUUAUAUAAUAGGGUAUGAUACCUGUUUUUGAUUUAUUCA